AUGGAGCAGUGGAAAGACGCGCACAACAAAGUCAGCGUUCCCCUUACCGUCAAGUCGAGAAUGUCCGUGUCGCGGUGGUUCACGGCUCGUAUGACCCCGGACCGCCACGACCACCGGCCUAUAUCACCGAUUUCAGGCGGCGAGUCCCCGCUGACACAGAGGAACCGUUUUCCGACCAGCUCUGGCCGUGCGUCGCCUGCCAUGGCCCUGCGCUAUGGUACAGCGGAUGAAGGUGGGGGGGGGGAGAGGGGAGAGGGUUCUGUCAUCCCCCAGUCCCGACCAGACACUCUAUAUGUGACCAGAAAGGCUCCUCUGAGAUGUGCUCACAUGGCUGCACACCGCUGCAGCCGCUGUAUGAAUAACAAACGGAUUGGGGGUUUUUACGCGUCGGGAGCGAGCGGAAAUAGCCGUGUAGAUCGCGGAGUUUUCGCCCGUAAUAAGUUUGCACCGCGCAAGACCGAGAAGGAGACGACUGCUAUUGUUACCACCUCAACAAAGGCGAUCAGGAUGGUGUCUUGGCUCAUCUCGAGAUGCGUUGUGCUGCUCUUUGGGACCUUGUAUCCGGCUUAUUACUCUUAUAAAGCGGUCAAGACCAAGGAUGUCAGAGAAUAUGUGCGUUGGAUGAUGUACUGGAUUGUGUUUGCACUCUACACAGUGGUGGAGACCAUCACCGACCUCACCCUGGCUUGGUUUCCUCUGUACUACGAGGUGAAGGUGGCCUUUGUGAUCUGGCUGCUCUCGCCCUACACCCGCGGGGCCAGCCUCAUCUACAGGAAGUGCUUGCACCCACUGCUGUCGUCGCGAGAGAGGGAAAUAGAUGAGUACAUUGUGCAGGCCAAGGAGAGGAGUUAUGUGACCAUGGUCAACUUUGGGAAACAGGGCCUGAACAUUGCGGCCACAGCUGCUGUCACCGCUGCAGUCAAGGGACAAGGGGCCAUCACCGAGAAGCUGCGCAGUCUGAGCAUGCACGACCUGAGCCAGAUCGGCCAACGCGACGACGCCGGGAACCAACUGUACGCUUACAGCUCCCAGACGUCCAACCCGGCAAUCAGGAGGGCCCAGAGCGCGGACGCCACCGACGGAGAAGAAUACAACUAUGAGGCCGAGGAGCGGACGGACGAGGACGGAGAGGCCAUUUUCUCUGAGGACGAAGCAGUAACUCAGAAAGGACUUCGCCGAUCGCAAAGUGUAAAAAUAACACGCUCAAAACUACGCAAAGAUGCCAGAUACGGAUCUCUGAAAAUCAAAUCGAGGAAGAGGCCGACGCUGAACUCCGUCAACCAACCGUGA